AUGGACGAAUUUAAUGAAUCAUUAGAAGAUUUAGAGGAAAAAAUAAAUGAGUAUAAUAAACAGCUAGCUCUAGUAAGAGAUGAAAUAAAAAAAUAUGAACAAAUUCAAAAUGAUCAAAAUGAAGAAAAUGAGCAAAUACAAAACUUGAAAAAGUUGGAAUGUGAUAUGAUAGAAGUUAUAAACUUAACUCGGGAUUUGAUUAAAUAUAAAAAAAAAAACGAAUCAGAUGACGAAAUACCCAAUCAAAUAGCUGAAGAAAAUGAACAGCCAUUUUCAAAUGAAAAUGUUAUGAACGAGUCAGAAUUAUUAAUUGGGAGAACAUGCAGUUUUAUGUAUGAAAACAAAAUAGUAUAUGGGUCAAUAGAAAACGUAGUUAUUCAAAAUAAUAUGGAGCAACUAUUAGUUCAUAUAUUUGAAACGAAUGAGCAAGUUUUAGUACAAAAAAAUUAUGUACAGUUAAAUGAAAUAUUGCACACAUUAUCGGCAUCGGAAAAUAACCAAUUCCAGGCCUUAUAUAAAAAAGAUGGGCAAUGGUAUGAUUGUAUGGUAUCGAAAAGUAAAGGAGACAGUUACCUGAUUACUUAUAUAGGUUACAAUAAUAGUGAAUAUGUAAAAAAUGAUCAAAUAAGAAUUAAAAAAAAAAAAAAAAUUAAAGAAGUAAUAACCCCAGCUGGUUAUAAAAUACCAGAAAAUUUAAUAAUUAAAGAAAAUGACUCAUUAAAAACAAAGUUAAAAAAAACAAAAAAAAGAAAUGCGCUAAAAAAAAAACAAAAAAAUGAAUUAAUAAAUAAAGAAUUUGCAAAUAAAGCACAACAAUGGAAAUCAGUUCAUGAAAAGGCUAUAAGCAAAAGUAAACAUCUUUUAGUAGCUCAUAAAAAAACAGAAAAUAUUGAAUAUACUAAUAACCCUACAAAUAUAAGCAUUAGAAGAAAAUUUGACUAUAAAGAUAAUGACGAUUAA